GCUCCUUGCUCAGUUCCGACAUGGCUGAGAGCUCCUCGCCACCCUCCUCGUCUUCUGCAGCCCCGGCCGCUGAGCUGGGAGUCACGGAGCAGCCAGGGCCCCAGAGUCCCCCCCACUCCCCGCCAGGCCUGGAGGAGCCCCUGGAUGGAGCUGACCCGGACAUCCCUCACCCAGACCUGGCACCCGUUGCUUUCUUCUGCCUGCGACAGACCACCAGCCCCCGGAACUGGUGCAUCAGGAUGGUGUGCAACCCGUGGUUUGAGUGUGUCAGCAUGCUGGUGAUCCUGCUGAACUGCGUGACACUUGGCAUGUACCAGCCGUGCGAUGACAUGGACUGCCUGUCGGACCGCUGCAAGAUUCUGCAGGUCUUUGAUGACUUCAUCUUCGUCUUCUUUGCCAUGGAGAUGGUGCUCAAGAUGGUGGCCUUGGGCAUUUUUGGCAAGAAAUGCUACCUUGGGGACACAUGGAACCGACUGGAUUUCUUCAUUGUCAUGGCAGGGAUGGUUGAGUACUCCCUGGACCUGCAGAACAUCAACCUGUCGGCCAUCCGGACUGUGCGUGUCCUGAGGCCUCUCAAAGCCAUCAACCGCGUGCCCAGUAUGCGGAUCCUGGUGAACCUGCUUCUGGACACGCUGCCCAUGCUGGGGAAUGUCCUCCUGCUCUGUUUCUUUGUCUUUUUCAUCUUUGGCAUUAUCGGCGUGCAGCUCUGGGCGGGCUUGCUGCGCAAUCGCUGCUUCCUCGAGGAAAACUUCACCGUACAAGGGGAUGUGGCCCUGCCCCCUUACUACCAGCCGGAAGAGGAUGACGAGAUGCCCUUCAUCUGCUCCCUCUCGGGGGACAAUGGCAUCAUGGGCUGCCAUGAGAUUCCCCCGCUCAAGGAGCAGGGCCGUGAAUGCUGUCUGUCCAAGGACGAUGUCUAUGACUUCGGGGCAGGGCGCCAGGACCUCAAUACCAGCGGGCUCUGUGUCAACUGGAACCGUUACUACAACGUGUGCCGCACAGGCAGUGCCAACCCUCACAAGGGCGCCAUCAACUUUGACAACAUCGGCUAUGCCUGGAUCGUCAUCUUCCAGGUGAUCACGCUAGAAGGCUGGGUGGAGAUCAUGUACUACGUGAUGGAUGCGCACUCCUUCUACAACUUCAUCUAUUUUAUCCUGCUUAUCAUAGUGGGCUCCUUCUUCAUGAUCAACCUGUGCCUCGUUGUCAUAGCGACCCAGUUUUCGGAGACCAAGCAGCGGGAGCACCGGCUGAUGCUGGAGCAGAGGCAGCGCUACCUGUCCUCCAGCACGGUGGCCAGCUACGCGGAGCCCGGCGACUGCUACGAGGAGAUCUUCCAGUACGUCUGCCACAUCCUGCGCAAGGCCAAACGCCGCGCCCUGGGCCUCUACCAGGCCCUGCAGAGCCGGCGCCAGGCCCUAGGCCCCGGAGCACCUACCCCUGCCAGGCCUGGGCCCCUCGCCAAGGAGCCCAGGCACUACAAGCUGUGCCCACAACACAGCCCCCUGGACCCUACGCCCCAUGCUCUGGUGCAGCCCAUCUCUGCCAUGCUGGUCUCUGACCCCUCUGCCUGUCCCCACUGCCAGCAUGAGGCGGGCCAGCAGUCCUCAGGCCUGGGCAGCGCCGACUUGGGCCGGGAGGGCUCAGGGCCCGGAGGCUCAGGCAGAGGCUCGGAGGAGGCUGACGGGGACAGGGCCCAGAGCAGCGAGACCGGGGCCGCCUCGGGGCCGCAGAAGGAGGGAGAGGAGGUGCGGGCGGAUGGGGCCGCCGGGCUGCGCAGGGGCGUGUGGCGGGAGACGCGAGCCAGGCUGCGCGGUGUCGUGGACAGCAAGUACUUCAGCCGCGGGAUCAUGGUGGCCAUCCUGGUCAACACCGUCAGCAUGGGCAUCGAGCACCACGAGCAGCCCGAGGAGCUGACCAACAUCCUGGAGAUCUGCAACGUGGUCUUCACCAGCAUGUUCGCCCUGGAGAUGCUGCUGAAGCUGGCUGCCUUUGGGCUCUUCGACUACCUGCGCAACCCCUACAACAUCUUUGACAGCAUCAUCGUCAUCAUCAGCAUCUGGGAGAUUGUGGGGCAGGCGGACGGAGGCCUGUCCGUGCUGCGGACCUUCCGGCUGCUGCGAGUGCUGAAGCUCGUGCGCUUCAUGCCCGCGCUGCGGCGCCAGCUCGUGGUGCUCAUGAAGACCAUGGACAACGUGGCCACCUUCUGCAUGCUGCUCAUGCUCUUCAUCUUCAUCUUCAGCAUCCUUGGGAUGCACAUCUUUGGCUGCAAAUUCAGCCUCCGCACGGACACGGGAGACACGGUCCCUGACAGGAAGAACUUUGACUCCCUGCUGUGGGCCAUCGUCACAGUGUUCCAGAUCCUCACACAGGAGGACUGGAACGUCGUCCUCUAUAAUGGCAUGGCCUCCACCUCCCCCUGGGCCUCCCUCUACUUUGUCGCUCUCAUGACCUUUGGCAACUACGUGCUCUUCAACCUGCUGGUGGCCAUCCUGGUGGAGGGCUUCCAGGCAGAGGGCGACGCCAAUCGCUCCUACUCGGACGAGGACCAGAGCUCAUCUAACAUGGAGGAGUUUGACAAACCCCAGGAGGGCCUGGACAGCGGUGGAGAUCCCAAGCUCUGCCCGAUCCUCAUGACCCCCAAUGGGCACCUGGACCCCAAUCUCCCACUGGAUGGGCGUCUGGGUCCCACUGGGGCUGCAGCGCCCGCCCCGCGCCUCUCGCUGCAGCCGGACCCUGUGCUCAUGGCCCUCGGCUCCCGCAAGAGCAGUGUCAUGUCGCUGGGGAGGGUGAGCUAUGACCAGCGCUCCCUGUCCAGCUCCAGGAGCUCCUACUACGGGCCAUGGGGCCGCAGCGGGGCCUGGGCCGGCCGCCGCUCCAGCUGGAACAGCCUCAAGCACAAGCCGCUGUCCGCCGAGCACGAGUCCCUGCUCUCGGCGGAGCGCGGCGGCGGCGGCGGCGGCGCCCCGGCCUGCGAGGGCGCCCAGGACGAGGGUCCCCCACGGUCCGUGCCCCUGCACGCCCCGCACGCUCACCACGUGCAUCGUGGUCCCCACCCGCCGCACCGCCACCGCCACCACCGCCGGACACUGUCCCUCGACACCAGAGACUCGGUGGACCUGGCCGAGCUGAUGCCCACCGUGGGCGCCCACCCCCGUGUGGCCUGGAGGGCGGCGGGUCCAGCGCCCGGGCACGAGGACUGCAAUGGCAGGAUGCCCAGCAUCGCCAAGGACGUCUUCACCAAGAUGGACGACCGCCGGUCUCAUGGAGAGGACGAAGAUGAGAUGGACUAUACUCUGUGCUUCCGCGUCCGCAAGAUGAUCGACGUCUACAAGCCUGACUGGUGCGAGGUCCGCCAGGACUGGUCUGUCUAUCUCUUCUCUCCCGAGAACAGGUUCCGAGUCCUGUGUCAGACCAUUAUCGCCCACAAGCUCUUCGACUAUGUCGUCCUGGCCUUCAUCUUCCUCAAUUGCAUCACCAUUGCCUUGGAGAGGCCCCAGAUCGAGGCUGGCAGCACCGAACGCAUCUUCCUCACCGUGUCCAACUACAUCUUUACAGCCAUCUUUGUGGGCGAGAUGACACUGAAGGUAGUCUCGCUGGGCCUGUACUGUGGUGAGCAGGCAUACCUGCGCAGCAGCUGGAAUGUGCUGGAUGGCUUCCUCGUCUUCGUGUCAAUCAUUGACAUUGUGGUAUCUGUGGCAUCGGCUGGUGGGGCCAAGAUCCUGGGGGUCCUCCGGGUCCUGCGGCUCCUGCGCACCCUACGGCCCCUGCGUGUUAUCAGCCGGGCACCUGGUCUGAAACUGGUGGUGGAGACACUCAUCUCCUCCCUUAAGCCCAUUGGCAACAUCGUCCUUAUCUGCUGUGCCUUCUUCAUUAUCUUCGGCAUCCUGGGGGUGCAGCUCUUCAAGGGCAAGUUCUACCACUGUCUGGGCAUAGACACCCGCAACAUCACCAACCGCUCCGACUGCGUGGCUGCCAACUACCGCUGGGUCCAUCACAAGUACAACUUUGACAAUCUGGGCCAGGCCCUGAUGUCCCUCUUUGUCCUGGCCUCCAAGGAUGGCUGGGUGAACAUCAUGUACAAUGGACUGGAUGCUGUCGCUGUGGAUCAGCAGCCCGUGCCCAACCACAACCCGUGGAUGCUGCUCUACUUCAUCUCCUUCCUGCUCAUCGUCAGCUUCUUCGUGCUCAACAUGUUUGUGGGUGUCGUGGUGGAGAACUUCCACAAGUGCCGGCAGCACCAGGAGGCCGAGGAGGCGCGGCGACGCGAGGAGAAGCGGCUGCGGCGCCUGGAGAAGAGGCGCCGGAAGGCCCAGCGGCUGCCCUACUAUGCCACCUACUGUCCCACCCGGCUGCUCAUCCACUCCAUGUGUACCAGCCACUACCUGGACAUCUUUAUCACCUUCAUCAUCUGCCUCAAUGUGGUCACCAUGUCCCUGGAGCACUACAAUCAGCCCCCGUCCCUGGAGACAGCCCUCAAGUACUGCAACUACAUGUUCACCACUGUCUUUGUGCUGGAGGCUGUGCUGAAGCUGGUGGCGUUUGGUCUGAGGCGCUUUUUCAAGGACCGGUGGAAUCAGCUGGACCUGGCCAUCGUGCUGCUGUCAGUCAUGGGCAUCACGCUGGAGGAGAUCGAGAUCAAUGCGGCGCUGCCCAUCAACCCCACCAUCAUCCGCAUCAUGCGGGUUCUGCGCAUCGCCCGGGUGCUGAAGCUGUUGAAGAUGGCCACGGGGAUGCGGGCCCUGCUGGACACGGUGGUGCAAGCUCUGCCCCAGGUGGGCAACCUGGGCCUCCUGUUUAUGCUGCUCUUCUUCAUCUACGCGGCCCUGGGCGUGGAGCUGUUUGGGAAGCUGGUCUGCAACGACGAGAACCCCUGUGAGGGCAUGAGCCGGCAUGCCACCUUUGAGAACUUCGGCAUGGCCUUCCUCACGCUCUUCCAGGUCUCCACUGGUGACAACUGGAACGGGAUCAUGAAGGACACGCUGCGGGACUGCACACACGACGAGCGCAGCUGCCUGAGCAGCCUGCAGUUUGUGUCGCCGCUGUACUUCGUCAGCUUCGUGCUCACGGCCCAGUUCGUGCUCAUCAACGUGGUGGUGGCCGUGCUCAUGAAGCACCUGGAUGACAGCAACAAGGAGGCCCAGGAGGAAGCCGAGAUGGACGCCGAGCUCGAGCUGGAGAUGGCCCACGGCCUGGGCCCUGGCCCGCGGCCCCCUGCCGGCUCCCCGGGGGCACCCGGCCGAGAGCCAGGAGGGGCGGGCAGCGGGGGUGAUGCCGAGGGCCCCCUGUGUCGGCGCUGCUACUCUCCAGCCCAGGAGAAUCUGUGGCUGGACAGCGUCUCUUUAAUCAUCAAGGACUCCUUGGAGGGGGAGCUGACCAUCAUCGACAACCUGUCUGGUUCCAUCUUCCACCAUUACUCCUCGCCCGCUGGCUGCAAGAGGUGUCACGACAAGCAGGAGGUGCAGCUGGCCGAGACGGAGGCCUUCUCCCUGAACUCAGACAGGUCCUCAUCCAUCUUGCUGGGUGAUGACCUCAGUCUCGAGGACCCCACAGCCUGCCCGCUUGGCCCCAAAGACAGCAAGGGUGAGCCAGACCCACCUGAGCCCAUGCAUGUGGGAGACCUAGGUGAAUGCCUCUUCCCCUUGUCCAACACGGCUAUCUCAUCCGGUCCGGAGGACUUCCUAUGUGAGGUGGAGGCAAUCCCGUUCAACCCCGUUCGGUCCUGGCUGAAACGUGAGGGCAGCCAAGUGGUACCUCCAAGCCCCUUCUCUCCAGAUGGCUCCAGCCCGCUCCUGCCCAUGCCAGCUGAGUUCUUCCACCCUGCUGUGUCCGCCAGCCAGAAAGGACAGGAGAAGGGGGCUGGCACUGGGACUCUCCCCAAGAUCGCCCUGCAGGGCUCCUGGGCAUCCCUGCGGUCACCGAGUGUCAACUGCACCCUCCUGCGGCAGGCCACAGGGAGCGACACGUCCCUGGAAGCCAGCCGCAGCAGCUCGGCGGGCAGCCUGCAGACCACGCUGGAGGACAGCCUGACCCUGAGCGACAGUCCGCGGCGCGCCCUGGGGCCGCCUGCGCCCCUGGGGCCCCGGGCCGGCCUGUCGCCCGCGGCGCGCCGGCGGCUCAGCCUGCGGGGCCGGGGCCUGUUCAGCCGGCGCGGGCUGCGGGCGCACCAGCGCAGCCACAGCAGCGGGGGCUCCACCAGCCCGGGCUGCACGCACCACGACUCCAUGGACCCCUCGGACGAGGAGGGCGCGGGCGGCCGGGGCGGCGCGGGCGGCGAGCACCCGGAGACGCUCAGCAGCCUCUCGCUCACCUCCCUCUUCUGCGCGCCGCCCCCGCCGCCCGGCCUCCCGCCCGCCCGGAGGUUCGGCAGCACCAGCAGCCUGGCGGCCGCGCACGGCCGCCGCCGCGCCGCCCCCGAGCCCCGCGGCCCGGCCCGGAGCCCCCCCUGGGCCGCAGACCGCCGCAAGGACCCGCGGGGCCCGGCCGAGCCGACCGCGGGCCGGGGCCCCCUGGCGCCCGAGCCGCAGCCGCCCCCCGGGGACCUGCGAACGGGAGACGCUGCCAGCAAGAGGAAGAGAUGAGGGCCCGGGGGCAGCGCCGCCCGCCCGCCCCGUCUCACCGUCUUUUACCUCAGGAGCCAGGGGGCAGACAGCAAUACUUCGUCCACAACCCGGGCAUGGCACGGGGGCCAGCCGGCGCCGGGACGCCCGGACGCCGGGGCCGAGCACGGUCUGGGUCGGCCAAGGCCCAGACGCGGCCCGCCGUGGCCCAGCGGCGGUCCUUCCCAUGCAUAUACAUGUACAUAUAUAUGCAUAUAGAGAGAGACAGACAUAUAUAUUUAUUUAUUUUUUUUACUGAGAGCUUAUGACUUCCAGAAAGUGCUAAAGUUGGGGAGUGUGGGCCAGGGCCCCGACAGAGCUUAUGCCUGAGGCUUAGGGCUCAGGCCAGACCCACCGGGGGCAGCUGGGGUGUUGGCAGCCAUGCUUGUAGGCGUCUCCCUGGGCGGAGAGUAGCUUGGAGAAGGCUCUCAGGCCUCCGAAGGUCCUGCAGCACACAGGGCCCAGGGUGUGCUUUUUCCCUUUAAAGAAGAAACGCUGCUAAGACCCCACCUCCCGUAUUAGGGUGUCUGUCUUGUUCCUGACUGUCUAGUUGUUGUAAACAGUCUUUUGUAGACGUCCCAGAGCACAUAAACUCUCUUAGCCAACCAGUUAGAUGUCUUUCUUUAGAAAAAUUGGGGUGGGGAAGUUGUAUUUUCUUAGGGUAGAGAUGGGGGUAGAGGGCAUCUCCAAGCUGGGCAGGGGCUCUGCCCCAGCUGAGGUCUGGGUCCCAGUGGGCACUUCCAGGGGCAGGUGUCUGCCAUGGCUUUGCCCCCAGAAGGCUGAGGGCAGGAAUGAGGCAGCAGGAAAAGAGGAAGGAUGAUGGGCAGUGACAGGCUGUGAGGCGCUUGGAGGUCAAGCCUGUUCUGUGCUGGCCAGGCUGCCCCGAGGUGCCCUGGGCUCUGGUGGUCACUUGCAUGGCCACUCACUACCUUUACUCUCAAGGUAGGCCCUGAGCCUGGCCAUUCUGGGAAAUUGUACCCCCCACUCAACUCCCUGGCCCCCUGAGCAACUUGGCCCCUCCGAAGGGGUUCAGGAUAAAGCAGAUCUGACAGGGUUCUAAGCAGAGGUGGGGGCACCUGCCUGGGUCUUGGGACCAGUCCCUCUUACCCACAUUCCCAACUGUGUUCAAAGAUGGGUAUUUUUUAUUUGAGUAGUUAGGCAUUUGUUACAGUAUAUAUUAGGAAAAAACACCCAGUGCAUCAAACCCAUGAUGUCACAGGCACAUUACUUUGGUCAAGGCUGUUUUUGAAAGUCAGUGGACUGAAGGUCAGUUUAGGAAAGACUGAGAGCCUGUGGCGCAGGCAGUCUGGACAGGCUGGGUGGGGGGUUGCGAGAUGCCACACGUCUGGGAUACACUGCCUCGGUGAUAACCAGGCCCUUUGCCUUCUCAAGAUCUCAGAUUGUUUUGGCUGGGCCCCAUCAAGGUGGGCCUUGUCCAUACUCCCAGGCCCUGACCUUAAGAACUUGGCUUUGGGGUGUGCUGAUGGGUGGUAUGGGUAUGGGCUGCUUGGAUGGGCUCUGGGUACCUUCCGGGCGGGCCUGGACGCUGUAGCAAAGGGAGGAGGUAAUGAGUGACUUAGGCUUCAUGACCUGGAAAACCCUUCCCUUAAGAGCCGGUAUAGAGGGCUGGGGAGGGAGUCAUGCUCACUUUACACACGAGAAAACUGAGAUCUGGAGAGGUGACAUGGCCAGCCUGGAGUCCCUCAGGACACUGGCAGCAAAGAGGCUGGGAUGCUUCACGGGGCUAGCACCUGCGUGUCUGGAAUGAGAAAAAGCCCGCCCUGUGCACAUAGGUGUGGAUUCAGAAGGCAGAGCGCGGCCUGGGGCCUCUGCUGGCACUGUGGAGUUGUCAUGGCCGUCAGACCUGUGCCCCUGGGGCUUCCCUCUCCUCACCCAGAAGUGCAGAUGGGGCUGCUGGGAGGGUACUGAGGUGAUACCCAGGCACUGGGCUCCCCGGAUGGCAGCCUCCAGGGUUUGGGACCUGCUGGGCCCUCCCCCUUGGGAAGUGGGUAGACCUUGGGUCUCGUCGCCUCCUGUCCCAGGUGGGCUCUCAGUCAGCCCCUUGUACAGGCCUGCCUUCCCUGCUGAGCUGUUCUGUUAUGCGGGUGCCCUCCCAGGGCUGCGUUGGCCCGAGCAGCACACACAUGAGCUGUACAUGUCAACAUGUCCCUGGAGGGAUGUGUGCUGGAGCCCAGAAGAGGGGCUGUGGGGCCUGGGAAGACCGCGUGGAGGGAGGGUCAGGACAUCCGAUACUAGCCAGCAGCUUCCGUUUUCAGGGCCCAGGGAUCCUGUUUAAUCCACAUGGCAGCCCUGAGUGGUGUGCACAGCUACUCCACACACAGACCAGUGGUUGUAAGUGGCUGGGCAGGGAACACGUUCCAGUGUGUCUGACAUGAAACCAUCCCUUUGCCCUGAACUUGGUGGCCCCGGAACAAGCAGACAUAUGGGGAGGGCCGUCUAGGCAAAGGAGUGGCCCAAGACAAAGGGGCCAGGUGGGACAGAGUAGGGCAUGUCUAGCUGAGCAUAGAGGAGAGAAGCUUUGUCCCAGGAACCGUGGAGAAAUGGCACUCAUUCUCAGAGGACGCCAAGUAUUUGGCCUCUCAGGUACUUGGCCUGUUCCUGUGGGCUGUGGGGGCGGGGUGCUGGGGAGCUGUGAUUGGCCAGGACAAGCCAAAUGGAUAAGGGCCGGGUGAAUGGCCCCUCUGCCCUCCCUGGUCCUGUGGUCUGUCCAUCACAAAAGCACAAACUUACCCUAACCCACAUGGGCCUGGCCCUGGGAAGAGUGGGGACCCUGGUGCCAGACAUCCCAGGCCAUGUUGGCAGGGGUUUGCAGAGUGAUGGCUGGCUGACACCUUGGCAGCCACGCAGAUGGGCCUAAGACCAGACAGGGCCGUGGCCUACCCCAGCCAAACCCUCUUGCUUUCCUCAUCGGGCCUCCUGCACCAGGCGACCCCAGUGCACGGUAUCAGCCUGUCUGCCUGUCUUGCCCCCAAAUCCUCCCCCUGGAGCCAUUUCCAGGGCCACCUCCGGCCCCCUUUGCUGCGCUUUGUAAGGGCUUGAGGCUUUGCAGCCACUGUUUAGCCCAGAUACACACUCUUUUUGUCUUUGUGCAAUAAUCAGUGUUCCUGGUGGACCUGGGCUGAGCUGGGGCCUGGAGGGGAGGCGGAGACCUCCUCCUCCAGGCAGCCCUUGGCCUGGCUCUGCUGCUAUGACUCUCACACUCCCAGUCCCUGUACAGUUUCUAUGGUGUGAAUGGACUUCCCUCCUAGUUGCUGAUGGCACUGGUCCCUGCUGGCCCAGAUGGCCCAGGCAUAGAGAAACCAAGUGGCAGCUGCCACCAGUGUUGUUUUGAAUAAAAACCCAAAGCCUAU